AUGAAAAAAGAAMGAAUAACAAAUGAAGUACGAGUGGAUCACGAGUACGUUGGUGAUGUACUUCUAUCGUUAAAUUAUUUCCCAACAACACAAAGGCUUACUGUCGUGGUACUUAAAGCACGAAAACUCAAAGUCCAGUCAAUCAGCGGUUUAUGGGGACCAUUAGUAAAAGUCUUCUUUCUCGUGAACAAGAGAAGAGUAGGCCGCAAACGGACGGCAAUGCAGAAAAAAACCUACAAUCCAGUCUACAACGAAGCAUUCGCCUUCAAAGUGUCCCAAGAUGCMYUGCCAAAAAUCACRUUUCGAAUCCUGGUGGUMAACAAGACGUCACACGGGCAAGAUGAAGUCAUAGGUCACGUGACGCUUGGUCAGCACGUGACCGGAAGUGGCUUCUCACACUGGAGUCACAUGCUUGCUGCGUURCGAAAGCCAGUAGCGAUGUGGCAUCCUAUAGUACCUUUACAAGAAUAGCAUUUCGGUCAAGUAUAGAUAUAUGUAUAUAUUGGUUGAUAUGGAAAACAUUUCUGGGUUUUAAAUGUACAAAUUUCAUUUUAAGGYGAAUUCGCCUCUCUAUUCUAUUUUUAGUAUCCACCAAACCCCAUCCUGAUUGGCUGCUAAUAACAAUGAUAAUAACUAAUGAUAAUAUUUCUUAUAUUGCGCGAAACGUCAUGCAAAUAUGAUCUAUAUAUGGUAAAAUCUAAAAAACUCUAGCUAUUAAAUGAAUAGUCUCCUUCACGGUUACCUGCGCCAUGUUGAAAGGUAGC